AUGUUGAAGCCCGCUCUCCUCGAGCUACCCCGGCCGCCCGGGAGCCCCGGGGGCCAGCAGGCCCGGGCUGCGAGCCGCCCCACCCAGGCGCGUCCCCCUUCAGCUCUCCAGGCAGAGGAAACAACAACAAAAGGAGGGCGCCCGCCGCCGCCACUACCGCCGCCGCCGCGCCCCCUCCUCCGGCCACAGCCCAAGCAAGCUCCGCGGCGGCAGCGGCUGCCUUACGGGAAGCGACGCGGGCAAAAAAGAAAAAGAAAAAAUAAAAGCGAAGCCCAAGCGCCUGCAGAAGCACUGCCCGGAGCCUCACCGCGCACACCCACACUCACGCGCACACAUGCACGGGGCGCCAAACUUCCUGGCUGCGCUCGAGAGGAAGGGAAGCCCGCUGCAGCGGCCGAGGCAGCCCCGCCGCCGCCGCCGCCGCGUCUCAACGCCCGGGUUCCGGCCGCCCCCACCGCAGCCACCGCCGGGGCAGCCCGAGCCGCGGCCGCCGCAGCCUCAUCUCCGGCCGGCUGGAGACCCGAGCGGUGGGAGGGGCGGAGGGAAAGGGGGCGGCGCGCCGAACCCGACUCGACGGCUGGCUACCAGGGCAGGCGCUCGGGAGCGAAACCCGAGAGAGAGACAGAGAGACAGAGAGAGAGAGAGAGGAAAGAGAGAGAGAGAAAGGAGGGCGGGGCCCGGGAGGAAGGGAGGGGAGCCGGGAGCGGGCGGCGGCGGCGGCGGCGGCUGCUGCUGCUGCGCAGGCGCCUUCCGGGAGCGCGGCUGGAGGGAGGAGAGGGAAGAGCAGCCCCGGCAGGAAGCGGCGGGCGAGCGGGCGAGCGGGCGAGCAGGCGGCGGGCGGGCGCGCGCCCGGAGGCGUGGCACACUCUUUCCCUCUGAGCCCGGGGCGGGGGACGCGUGGCGGGCUCUCUCCACGCCGAGGGCCUCCGUGCGAGCCUACCUUUCCCCGGCUUUGUUUGUUACCAGGGCGAGGAGGAAAGGUCCCUCCUCUCCAGGCCCGAGGGAAGGCAAGGAUGGUGCCAGGAAGUCAGGUCCAUCCCCCUACUCUCUAACUUGUAGAGACAUGGCCGCCUCAGCCACCGAGGCAGUCGGCGACAAAGGUCAAAGCCGUGCUCGUAGUGUAUUCCUUUUCGUGGCGUGCUAUGAAUCGCCGUGUAACUGUCGCACGGUAGAAUAAUUCAAACCUAGUGUCGGGGACUCAAGAAGGCAACCGAUGGGAGGAGCCAUGGGAAAACUGGGGAAGGUGGAAACAGAGCCCAGCACACUGUGACUGAAGAUUAGAACUCAGAAGAGGGUUGCAACUGACUUAGUCAAAGAAACAAAUUUGUUUUCAUUCAUUAUCUUAAUGCAUAUGCAGCAUGAAAUUUGAAUGUAUUCUUAAUCACAGCAAGCUGCUUUUAUUUUACAAGGCUGAAGCCAGGGCCGUUCCUGUGUUGAAUAAGCACUCUACUCUAAGUUAUACCCUGAGCCUCUGACUUGUAAUGCUACUCAUAGUAUUCUUAAGUCUAUUUGGGAAAGAAGGUAAAUUGACAACAUCCUCAGAAGUGUAAUGAAGUCAUGUUCCUCUGUUAACAAUUUGAAGAGGAAUGAAGAGAUAAUUAGAAGAACAAAAACCUUGAGAAUAAAAAGCUCCUUCAACUUUUUCCAAAAUCUCAGUUGGGAACUAUUUUCUCCUAGGGUUCCAUAAUGAACUGAUAUCUGGAAAAAAAGAAAUUACAGUCUGAAAAUGCUAUAUCAAAUUCUGUCAAACUUAAAGCACAAAUGCCAGAGACCUGAAUGUAAGUAAUAUAUGUAAGAGCUCAUGGGAUAGAAUGACCACGGGCUGCCUGAGAGUAAACUACUUGCUUUAGAAUUUCAGUAAAAUUAAAAAAAAAAAAAGCAAUCAAAGUAAAACUCAAAAAUUGGGAAAUUAUAGCAAACAUUUCUAACAAGUAUUAAAUAUAGUCAAAUAUAGAGCUAAAAUUAAACAGUGUUGAUAUUUUGCUGUAGGAUAAAGUGUAGAUAGUCUAGUUAAAGAAAAAGUAUCAAUAAGAUGUUAACAGAAGCUAACUCUCCCUCUCCUAGCAGCCAUCAACUCUUGAAGACUUAUAAAAUCAGCCUGCAUAUGUCUACAUAUUUUAAAUGGAAAUUUUGUCAAAAGUAUAAUUGAAUAAAUAACACAAUUCCCCAAACAACAUUUAUAUAUGUAAUCUUACUUACAUAGAAAUAAAAUACAAAAUUUAUAUGCUAUUCAUAUACACAUACUAUAUAUGCAUAUGGAAUGUGGGUUUCUAGUAAGAAUCAAAGUUUAGCAUAGGAAAGCUUGAGAUAUAAGGAUUGAAUUUUACUUGAAAUUUUAUUUUCUGAUUUUUAAAAAGUCUCCAAAGGUAUUAUAUUUGUAUUAUUUAGGUAAAUAAUUUCUAAAAAAGUAAAAUAUCCAUUAUGUUAGCAAUGAAGUUGGAACAAACUUUGGAAGAUAAUUUCUAAAAUUGUUAAAUGUAUCUUUUAUUUUUCCUUUAUAAAAUAUUUAACUUUUCCAUGGUGAGCCUGAAUUAAUUUGUAAAUUAAUUUUUUUCUUGCUAGGAGACGUAGCUAUAUAGUGGUUGGCUGUAUCAGUCAAUUGCAGAUACUUCCUCAGACAUUCGCCUUCGGCUCUGGCCACCACCAUUGUAAUUAACCUAACGUAGACGCUCUUUGCUAUACCUAGACAACCGAUUCCCAGGGCCAUGGGCUAACAGUACCAUGUGCUAUAUCUAUGUCAAUUUUCUCUCACAUUCCUGUCUGUACCUUCCUGGUGCAUUUGAUCAGGGGAGACCAUAGAACCCAUUUGUUAUGCAGGCAUAGGUAAGUUAGCCCCAGGAGACAGUCAUUUCCUGUGGGAAGAAAUUUUCCCAACUGGAAACAGAACUGAAUUUAAAUUCUUCUCUUUUUAUUUUUGACAGAUUUCAUGGAGUUUUAAUGAUUUAGACAGCCUUUUGGAUGAUGCCCUAUGACAAGUAAUCAGUUGGGCUUGAUUCUAACAGUUACAAUUUGAUAAGUAUUCAUUCUAACACACCUUGUGUCAUACCCCUUUGUUCUCUCAUUUUUUCUGGGAUUGGGCUCCAUGAUAACACAAUACUAGCAUACUAUGCAUCCUGGAGAGUCUAUGAGAAGAUUGGCCUAAUGAACUCAGAAAAUAACUUCAUAUUUAGUCACUUUUUUUUAGUAAAAACUAUUAAAAAGGGAGAGCUGAGCAAAUGCAUGGGAGAGAUACAUAGGAUAAGGUAUGGGAGAACAGGAGUGAAGCUGGGAGUUGCACCCCAGGAACUUCCACUCAUCAGCUAUUGGGAGGCUCUUUCUAAGCCUACUUUUUUAAAAAAAAUUUUUAUUGAAGAUUCAUUCAUGACUUGUUGCAGAAUUGACCAUCUGUGAUCAACUCAAGCUUUAGCCCCUUUAUCCUUUCCAGAGGUUAAUGGGUAUAGUUAAAAAUUCCAAUCCUCUAAACACCCAUGAGUAUCCAUCCUAAUAUCACCAAAGGAUCAUCUGUAAGAAGCCAUCUCAUUGCUAAAACGAGGCAGUCUUGUCCCUUUGGAGGUUGCAAAGGCUUUACCAGAGCCCAGAAACCCUACAGAGGAGGUCUGAAUAUUCCAGCGUAGCUGAGGCACAAGAAAAGACCUUGAAACAGCCAGUACCAAGUCAAAAUAGGUCCUUGUAGAGGAAAUGAAUAAAAUCCUUGUC